AUGGCGAAGGAGGAGUGCAAAGCGCUACUGGACGCUCUUAAUAAGGCGACCGCAUGCUACCACCACCUGGUGCUGACCAUCGGCGGCUCCGCAGACUCGCAGAACCUGCGAGAGGAGCUGCAGAAGACGCGCCAGAAAGCGCAGGAGCUGGCGGUGGCCAUCCGCGUCCGGCUGACUGCCCCGCUGCGCGACCGGAGCCUGGGAGCCGAGGAGCGCGCCGAAUUCGAGCGCCUCUGGGUGGCCUUCUCCGGCUGCCUGGACCUGUUGGAAGCCGACAUGCGGCGUGCAUUGGCCCUGGGCACUGAGUUUCCGUUGCAGGAGCCGCGGCGGCCGCUGGUGCGCACAGGGGUAGAAGGCGGGGCGACCGGCGUAGCGGCGCGCGCCCUGAGCGUCCGCAGCCUGCGGCACGAGGCGCAUCGCGACUUCGACGUGGAAGACCUGCACCAGCUGGAGCGGGAGAUCCUUCAGGUGGGCGAAAUGAUCCAGGAUAUGGAGAUGAAGGUCAACGUGCCCCGCUGGACCGUGCAGGCCCGGCAGGCGGCAGGUGCCGAGCUCCUGUCCAGCGCCAGCGCCGGUGUCUCCUCGGUGGGCGGCGUGUCGGUAGAACAGCGCACUGGUCCCUGCGACCUGAGCAAGGCCAAGGCCGCCACCAUCUUCAGCGCCGUGCUGCUGGUGGCUGUAGCCUUGGCGGUGUGCGUGGCGAAGCUGAGCUGA